AUGCUAGACACUCUUUAUAUUUCCCAACGGGCAGCUAACGCCAUUAUAGCCGACGUCGCUCCUUACCGCAUCUCAUCUGAAGCUUUAUUGGCAAUAAAUAAUUUCCUUGAUGAAUUCUUAUAUUUCCUAGUAGAUUCAGCCAGGUCUUUAGAUUUGGUUAAAAUAAAACUUGCAAUUGGUCAAGUUUUACCUACAAGUUUGGGUAAAAAUGCUGUACAAGAAGCUGAACUAGAGUUAAAAACUUAUGUAGAAAGUGGUAAUUCUGACCACAAAAAAGAAAAAACUAUAGAAAUUACUCCUUUUCCCUUGCAAAAAGUUUUCGAACAAUUCAGAGUAAAAUGUCAAUUCUUUAGUACACUUGGUGAGCGUGGUGCUGACGAUCGUGAUCCUAAUACUGUACCAGACCUCUAUUCCUCUGAAGGAAUACAUAUUGCUCCGAGUUUAGCUAUUUAUUUAACUGCUGUCUUGGAAUAUGUGGGUGAAUAUAUCUUAAUAUUAGUCGCAAAAGCUUCCGAAAAACAAGGGGUGGAAGUUGCUAGAACACAGGAAGUUUUUUUUGCUCUCUCUGAGGAUCUACAGAUUUUUCCUUUAUUCAGAAGAACAAACUUAAAAGAACAGCUGGAGAGCGAAUCUACACAACCAACAACUACUAGCGAUCGUAUUAUCACAGGUUCCACUCAUAUCACUACCUCUGAUUUGUCAACGUGUACUUCUUCUGACCUCUCGACUAAAUCACCUAUACCUGGAUAUAUGAAAUCUCCUACUUCUACCUCUCCUUAUUCACCACGUAGUCCCACCAAAUCUGGUUCAUAUAAUGGACAUAGUAAAGGAGGAAAGCAGGGUUCAUUGGAUGGAUUCUGUAAUGAUUGGACAAAAAGUAAUACUUCCCCAGUAAAGUCACUUAGUGAUUAUGGUAGGCAAAGUUCAGAUUAUAAAAAUAUGCGUUCCUCUAAGAGUAUGCAAAGCUUACAGGGACAAGGAGGAGAUAAGGAAUCAGAUUUGAGAAGUGUAUCAAGUAUGGAGGAUAAUAUUGAAAAAAUGAGGAGUUUUGAGACUUUGAUUUCCAACAAUCAGACAAUGAAGGUUUCCUUAACACCAAAUCGAUUAAUAACAAUUGAGACGCAUAAAAGGCCGCCAAAACUUGCACCUCGUGAACCUGUUUCCCGCGACUCAACUUCCCUUUCAAACCUUGAAAAAAGUUAUGAUGAUGAUGAUGAGUUAUUUGGAAAACGUAAAUUUAAAAAAGAUAAAGAAAGUUUAUUGGAAUUUUUAAAAAAUACAAGUCCAGAUGAUCCUAGCGGUAAAUUAAAGAAAAAAGAUUCUAGAGUUGAACUUCCAAGAAAACUUGGAAAAGUUAUAGAUAAAUUGGAGCCUUUUUCUGAAGGACCUGGUUCACCAGGAAGUCAUUCUCGUCAUGCUCCACUGAUUCCUCCUUCCUCAUCUACAUCUUAUCAAUCUGAUCGUAUUAAAGCUAAUAUUAAUCGGACUUUAUCAUCAUCAUCACUGGCAAGUGACGAUCAAAAUCAAAGUUAUGUCUCUCCAACAACGACGUCAUCUUAUCUUGCACCAUCAUUGCAUUAUAGUAAAUCUUUCGAUCAAACACAGUCGAACUAUUACAAUGCUCCUUCGAAACAUAAAUCAAGACCGGACCCUUUGGACUUAUUGGAAGAUGAUUUAUUAUAUACCGAAGAUCAAAAGAAAUCUAAACGAAGACAUCAGGCUCAGGAUUUAAUUGAUUUCCUGAGUACGUCACCACCAAAAGAAACUAUUUUAUCUAGUAAUAGCAGUAAUGAUAGUGUUGGUAAUAGCGGAAAAAAGAAAGAAAAGAAAUUAAAAAAAUUAUUUUCAAGAUUGAAAAAAGCUUCGUUUACUGAUGAAUCUACGCAGAAUCUUAAUGAUCAAAGAUCUUCUAAUGCUGGGAAAAAUAGUUUUUAUACCCAUGGGUCUAAUUCAACAGGUAGUACCUUAGUCAAUAAACCCGCUAGAUAUGUUAAAAUUGAAAUACCUAAAAUUCCACCAAAAGAAGAUAAUCAGGAGCAAAGUAUUUUUGAUCAAGUUGAAAUUCAAGGAAGGCAUGCUCGUCAAGUAUCAAGAGCUAGUUUAUCGGGUUCAACUCGUAGUUUACAAUAUAAUCCUAACAGAUCUACAUUUUCUUCUACUGGUGGAAUGACAAGUCCAACAAUUUUGGAAAAGAAGCCCAGCAAUAGCAAAUUGAAUUCAGAUGAUUAUAAUGAAUACAUGGGAACAACAGAUCGGUCAAAACAGUUUCAGAAAUCUUCAAAUAUAUUAAAUAUUCAACCUACGAAUACUUCUACUUUGUCAAAAUCCGGUACUAAUAAUAAUAACACACAUAAAUUUCCCUCACCUAUUACGCCUCAACAAAAAUCCUAUAACAGUAAUGUUAAUAAUCAGAUAUUAUCACAAGAGGUAAAUAAAAUCAUACCAGAUUUAUCCAAAAAACAAAAUACGCAAAUUUCUGAAACUUCCCUGAUGUCAGCAGAAAUGUUAUCAAUUAACAAUAAAAAUAUUAUAAAUGAAAAAGAGGUUCGUACAAAAUCUGAAGAGAUGGAGAUAUUUAAAGAAUCUGUGAAGAAUAAAGAAGUCAUUUCAUAUGAUGGUUUCUUAGCAACUAUAAUUGAGACUGAGAUCUCAAUUCAAGAAGUACAAGAAGAAACUACAUUUGACACUUGUAAUGAAGAAGUAGAAUUAGAGGAAGCUCUAAUUGUUGAAUGGUUGUUGGGAACCGGUCUCACUUUUAAAAGUGCAAUGACGUAUAUUGAUGUAAUGCAAGAUUAUGAGGAUGAGGAAAUGGAAAAAUCCGAUUAUGAAGAUGCUGAUGAUACUGCUGAAUUUAUUGAUGACCGUGGUGAAGAACAUAGCAAUGUCUAUUAA